AACUACUCGUAGACUAUCAUACUCGUGCCGAUCAACGGAACCAAGAUAGUUAACGAGCGCCUCUGGCCUGUCCAAUACCGGUAUUGCCCCAGGAACCUAUCGUACACUGGCAGUUGGCGAAACCCACGAACAGAAAAAAAGAUCUGCUCCAUCAUAUCACCACCACCACUUAGGCUCAGUCAGGCCUCACUCUAAAUAACGCAACUCAGCUACCGAAAGUCUAAGGGCGCAAGAUAGCCCACCAGAGUAAUCAUGUCGGCAGCCGCUAAAGGAAAGCUCAUCUGUACCAAAACUUGCCCCCCCCCCCCAUCGGUCCUCUCCUCCCUUCUCCUUAUCAAUGCUAACCACCCACAGUCGCCCCCCAAGACGACCAAUACACAGUCUCAGCUCUCACCUCUACAGAUCUCUCCCCAUCCCCACUAACCCAAUUCCACACCUGGUACACAGCAGCCCAAUCGCACGCCAUCCACCAGCCCGAGACCACGACCCUGUCCACUGCGCACUUGCCCUCGGGCCGCGUGAGCGCUCGUACAGUCUACCUCAAGGAACUCGACGCCCGCGGCUUCGUCGUCUACUCCAACUGGGGCACUUCCCGGAAGGCAGCAGACGUGGCCAGCAACCCUCGCGCAGCGCUGACCUUUUACUGGCGCGAGAUGGAGCGGCAGGUGCGUGUCGAGGGUGCCACGGAGAGGCUGACGGAGGAGGAGAGUCAGGUUUACUUUGACACAAGGGUUCGCGGGAGCAGGGUUGGGGCCUGGGCGAGUCGGCAGAGUGUCGGGAUUGAGGGUAGGGAUGUGUUGGACGGGUGGGUUAGGGAGGUGGAGGAGAGGUUCAAGGAUGAGGAGAAGAUCCCCGUGCCCCCGUUUUGGGGCGGGCUGAGGGUCGUGCCGGAUUAUGUAGAGUUUUGGGUGUGUUUGCUCUCCUGCUUCUGCGGGCCAAGUGUGUUUGCUAACGCUCGCAAUGUGUGCGUGUCUGUGUGGAUAGCAAGGGUGUGAUAUAUCCGCUCAUUCACUACUCAUUCCCCUCGCGCUCUGAAAGACAUGUAUGCUAAUACCCCUCUCCAAAGCCGUCCCAGCCGUCUCCAUGACCGCUUCGCCUACACCCGCGACUCUAUCGACUCCGACACCUGGAAGAUCCAACGUCUCUCACCCUAAUUCUCCAACUCCACCCCUCCUUCAGUACCAACAUCACAAAAAGGAAAAACACAAGAGAAAAAAUAGUACCCAUAAUCGGGGGGAGUCAGUUUUCCUUUAAUAUAGCUACCUAGUUACACUAAAACCACUUAUUUACACUUCUCCAUCUAUCGUACCCAUCCAUCACGCAAUGGAGAUUCUGUGCCCAUCAGCAGUGAAUAAGUGUACAACCCGACUAUGCAAGUAACAGAAAACCCCAAAAGCGGAAAAAAUAACAAUUUUUUUAAAAUUAAAAAAAAAUUUCCCCACCACAUUGGAAGGGGAAAAGGAAGAGUGGAGUGUAUAUAAUGCUAAUGGUAGAAAAUGGCAAAACAUAACAAAACAAGAUAAAGCAAAAUAAGCAAAAACGCCCACCUCCCAGCCAGAUCGGAUCCCAACCCUACCCCGCCUUGCUCUGCCAAAACAUGAUGAAAUAUAUGAAGAAGGGAGAAGGGCAGUGUGGUAUAUACACGAAAAUGAGACAAGAAAAGGGACUUUUGAUAUCAUACAAGCGGAAAAUGGUAUAACAGUGCGCGGAUCGACUUCGGUGUAUGGGUGCUUGUAGAAGUCACACUGUAAGAAGGGGUAAAGGCAAAGAAAAACAAAAAGGCCCCUCAUUCUAUCUAUUAGUGGGGGAAUGCCCUCGAGCAAGCAAAAAAAAAACCCCCCGGGGGGGAGGAUAUUAACGAAUAAGAUGAAGAAAACCACCAUCAUAAGGGGGAAAAGAAAAGAAAAGAACAUCUACUCCCCCCUCCCCCUCACCAAAUCCAUGACUCUAACCAUGACGGCGCUCGGGUACCCGCGUCCGCUCAUCUCGUUCACGACCUUGAGCGCGCCGGCACGAUCCUCGACAGUGAGGUAUGCUCUAGUCAUAGCCUCGUAGGUACUCGGUUCGCGCUUAAGUCUAGCGUUCUCGUCCUUACUAAGGGAUUCGUAGACUUCUUCCGCCUUCCCAAUAUCCUUCUCCAGCGCCCAUCCGUGAAUGAGCGUGUUGGCAAUAUACGGUGUCAUGCGAACGCCACGGCGCUCCAUGUCUGACAGCCAUAGCGUGGUGUCCUGGACGCGGUGGUUGGCGACGAGGGACUCGAAGAGGGCUUGGUAGAUUGUAUUAUCGAGUUGGGGUUGCGGACUGGAGGUGGUGGGGUGCAGGAGGGAUUUGAAGUGUGAGAUGGCGGCUUCCACGUCUUGGAGGACGCACCCCUUUGCGUGGAUGAGGGCGGCGUGGUGAGACGAUUCCACGGGUUGGUUCUUCGAGCGGAUCAGGUCGAGUACACCUUCCGCCGCGGACAUGUCCGGAGGGUCAAGGGUUGCAUAGGCUUCGAUCAGAAGCUUAUAGGUGUGCGAAGUAGCCUCGAUGCCCAGGGAGGUCAUACGGUUGAAGUAGCUCAUGACCUUGCUCCUGUCGCGCUUGGUGUUGACGAAGAAUUGCAUAAGGGAGUUGUACGGUGCCGGGCGGGGCUUGUAAUUUGGCAUGGCCUCCAUUUCUUGAAAGAGUUCUUCCGCGAAGUGCUCGUCGCCGACACGGGUCAAGGCAUUGAUCAUGGUGCCGUAGGUCACGCUGGUGGGUUUUAUGCCUAGAGCGCGCAUCUCGGCGAAGUAGAAAAGGCAGUCGUCGACGCGGCGAGCUUUUGCAAGUUUACCGAUAAGGGCAUUGUACAGGAAGGAGCUGGGGAGGACGUUCUCCGCCUUGGCCCGCUCAAAGAUCUUGAGAGCCUCGGAGGCCUCGUCGUACGUUUGGUUUGAGCCUUUGAGUGAAACGAUGUAGAGUCCGUAGGUAUUGGCAGAUGGAGAAGCUCCCAUCUUUAGCAAUUCCUCGUGGUACACGGCAGCCUGUUGUCGGUUUCCGACGGAGAGUUGUCCAGCAACCAUGGAGUCCAAGAGAACACACCAGACGUAUCUAACAGAACGAAACUCCAUAAGGAGAGGCGUGUCAGUUCUCGCAUUCUGAUAGAUCUCCUCCAUGAAUUCCGGCUGGCCUGCACGAGCAGCAGCACCAACCAUCCUCGCCAGAGUUGUCAUCCUAACCAAUCUGCCCGCCCGGCGGGUCUGUUGAUACAUUCGCCGAGCGUCCGUAAGCCUGACCCUAGCAGCCUUCGUACCCUCGAGAGCAUUAUCGAUAGCCUGUGAAACCUUAACGUCGGUUUUGGCCCAGUAGGGGUCAUGGUUAUCCUCGGCAACAGCAGUCUCUCCUUCACUGGGAACCAGGGUGGGCGACGCAGCCACAUCCUCGGUCAGCGGCGCCAUCGGCAAGUUCUCCCAAACCUCUUGGGCCUGCACGAACGCAGUCCAUUUCGCCAAAAGACCCUCAUCGAUACCACGGGCCGCAAUAACACCAUCGACGGAAACCUUCACAGCCUUGCUAAGAGGAACUCCGGCAUUCAGCGCGAGAGUCAGCAUCUGCUCAAACUUCCGCAUGUCCUCCGAAACCGAUUCCCCAGGCUGUUGAAGAACGCCAGCCUGAAUCUGCAGAAGAAGGUCCAACUGCGGCAAUGUCAACCCAAGUAUCCGCUGCUCCCCAAAGAGUCCCAUAACAACCCUGGAAGCCCGAGUCCCCACACGCCCACAAUGCCGCAUACCAAAACCAGUAAUGUCGAGUGCGACCCCAUGAGUAAGAAGAUCCUUUGCGGCAAGCCUAUCGAUCAAGUCCUCAAACGCUUCCUGUAGAUAUCCCGCCCUCAGAGCAAGCGGAGCGCCAAGAGGCUUCUCCAUAAAGAACUCGCUAAAUUGUUUAAGUACCACCAAGGCUUCGUUUGUGAGCCGAUUCUCAAAAAGCAUCAUGGAGUACACAACAGCAGCCUCGGCAUCCGGUCCAUUAGACAAAUUCCUCUCGGAAAGAUCAUUCCAAACGGCCCUAGCGUGCCCAACCUUUCCCUCCUUUACACAGAGAUUCAAAAAAGCCAUCUGGGCAGUCGAGUUGCCGUGAAGGUUGAUACCAUGGAGGCGGGCAUGAGCCAUGAAUUCCGAAUAGAGCUGAUUCGCGAGCUCAUAAUCCCCCAAAUCCGCAACUCCAACAAGAACCCUCGACAGCCCAGGAUAUUCCGAUGUCCCGGCCAUACGACCCACGAUCCACUUCCUGGCAGACCCCAAAUCACCGCGCUGUAGGAAACCUUUGAUUAUGGCCUCCGCCAGCCACUGAGAGCGACGGGCGUCUUUGCUAACACCUACAAUUUUCUCCAGGAAGGACAGCGCGCCAGCAGGAUUGCCAGCCUCCAUGUAAGCAAGAAUCAAUGCUUCGUAAACCAGAUAUCGCUCAUCGAUACUUCCCGGCCUUCUCGAGGCAUCCAGAGCACAGUAGUUGUUGUACGUCUCAACAGCAGAGCGGAUAUCCCCAGCCUUCCCAAAUCCCUUGAUAAGAGAAAGCGUAGUGUCCAGGCUCGGCAACACGUCAUGCACUUCCAUGUGUGUAUACGCCUUGAGCAUGUCCUCCUCACGGCCAUUCUCAGCACAUGCCUCAAUAAGGAUGGAAUAUACAGGCUCGGAAAAUGCACGCUCCACCCGGACUUCUGUGCUAGCGUAAAAUAUGUCCAAAGCCAUGUCCAAAGACUUUUGCGAGUGGAUCUCAUCCAAUUCCCGCUCCCGGGACGGAACGACAAAGCCGAAUCUCAGAAUAUCAUCUUCAAUUCGCCGAGCAAACUGUAACGAGGAUUUACUGCUUGCGGCAAGGUAGUCGAUAAGGAUGGAAUAUGUGACAGUGCUGGGUGAGACCUUGUUCCUGAGCAUGUCCUGGUAAACACCCAGGACCCGAGCGAUACCACCGGCGCCGGUUUGUAUGAGCGCAACGAGAACAUGGUUGUAGGUGGUGGUACUGGGCUGCACACCUUCUUGGACCAUAUGGUCAAAGAGGGCCAAGAUUUCAUCAUACUUCUCCGCCGUUCGUAAAUCGCGAAGCUGAUCGUUAUAUUGAGCGGUAAUACCAGAUACCUCUGGCGAAGCGGGAACCAGUGUCUCCUCGGACGAAGUAGGUGAAGGCGCCAACUCAGCCUCGGCAUCCUCCACGGGAGCGAGCUUCUCGGUGGGUAAAAUCUCCGACUCCUCCUCAGCGGCAGACUCGACAAAUACAGCCUCCUCCCCCUCCUCCCCUUUGACAAGAUCGCUUGACGGCAACUGAGCCUCCGCGUGCGCCAGGGAAGACGAUCGCGACCUGGGCAAGCCCACUUCCAAGGACGGCGGAUUCUCCAGCAAUGCCUUCUGCUGCUGCUGAUGUUGCGCCUUGGACCAUAAUAUCUUUCUCGAGAACAGGUAUUUCCUAUUCUCCUUUUCCUCCUUAUCAUCUACGGCCUGCGACUGAGCGGCGUAGUAAGCACCCAAACUAUCGCUGCCCUGCCCAUCCUUCCCCGGCGCCGCCCGACCAGAGUUCGCACCGCCAAAGGCAGUGUGCAACCGAGCCGGCGCAUUUUGCUGCCCUAGACGGGAGAGCUGGACGGUGGAGGAGGCAUACGAGGAUUGUGUUGC